UCCUCCCACGACCCCUAGCCAUUUCUCCCCCCUACAAAAUACCCACGUACCCUAGCUCGGUUCUUCAAUCACACACGUACGUCAACACUUGCACUCUCCCUAACUAAUAGCCUCAGCUACCAUCGUGUUUUCAGCUGCCAUGGCACCGAAGACGGCCUUGCUCCUGCUGGCCCUCAGCCUGGUCCUCCUCUUCACCGUGGCCAGCGCCUGCGGCGACAGCUGCCCGACGCCGGCGACGCCGUCCUACUACGACGGCAAGUGCCCGAAGAACGCGCUGAAGCUCGCGGCGUGCGCCGACGUGCUGGGCCUGGUGAGCGCCGAGGUGGGCCACCCGCCGGCCGAGCCGUGCUGCAGCAUCCUCGGCGGGCUCGCCGACCUGGAGGCCGCCGUGUGCCUCUGCACGGCCAUCAAGGCCAACGUGCUCGGCAUCAGCCUCGACAUCCCCGUCAAGCUCAGCCUCCUCGUCAACUACUGCGGGAAGAGCCUCCCCAGUGGCUUCAUUUGCGGUUAACUAACUGAACCUCCCCAGUGGUUCUGUAGUUGCAUUCAUGCAGCACCGCACACGUAUGAACAUAGCGUUCAUUCCUGACUGCAUGCACAUGCAGAUCGAUUUAAUUGGCUCGUCAGUUUCCUUGUCUACUUAAUUAAUUACUCUGCUUGGUUCUGAAUGUAGAACCGUUUCAGAUCAAUCAAGUGUGCCAAUUGUGCUUGCUUCAUUCGCCUGUUGUUUUCAUACUACUGAAGAAUUUCUUCUAGAAGGAUAUUAUGCCUGUUGUGCAUCGAUGCAACUAAUGCUCAUUGUAAUUCAAUUAUGUCGUAUUUGCUA